AUGUCCAUUGCAUUAGAGCUACCAGAAGAAUAUAGAACAGCAUCCAAUGAUUUGCGUUCCGAUACUUUCACCACUCCAACUGAGGCUAUGAUCAAAGCUGCUUUGAAUGCCUCUAUCGGUGAUGCUGUCUACGGUGAAGAUGUUGAUACCGCCAGACUGGAACAAACCGUUGCCAAGUUAGCUGGUAAGGAAGCUGGUCUAUUCUGUGUUUCCGGUACUUUAUCUAACCAAAUUGCAUUAAGAACUCAUUUGUACCAACCACCUUUCUCCAUUUUAUGUGACUACAGAGCUCAUGUUUACACUCACGAAGCUGCAGGUCUUGCCAUCUUGUCUCAAGCCAUGGUUGUUCCAGUAAUCCCAUCUAACGGUAACUACAUGACUUUAGAAGAUAUCAAGAGCCACUAUGUUCCAGAUGAUGGUGACAUCCAUGGUGCCCCAACAAAGGUCCUUUCCUUAGAAAACACUCUACAUGGUAUUGUUUACCCAUUGGAAGAAUUGGUCAGAAUCAAGGCUUGGUGUAUGGAAAACGGUAUGAAAUUACACUGUGAUGGUGCAAGAAUCUGGAAUGCCGUUGCUGAAAGUAAUGUCCCAUUGAAACAAUUCGGUGAAUUGUUUGACUCUAUCUCCAUUUGUCUAUCGAAGUCCAUGGGUGCUCCAAUUGGUUCUAUCUUAGUUGGUAACACUAAGUUCAUUAAGAAAGCCAACCAUUUAAGAAAACAACAAGGUGGUGGUAUCAGACAAUCUGGUAUGAUUGCUCGUAUGGCUCUAUGUAAUGUUGAUGAUGACUGGAAAUCCAAACUUCUAUUCUCUCACAGUUUGGCUCAUAAGUUAGCUGAUUUCUGUAAAGAACAUGGUAUCCCUCUAGAAUCCCCAGCUGACACCAACUUCGUCUUUAUUGAUCUUAGAGCUGCCAAGAUGAACCCAGAUGUUUUAGUCAAGAAGGGUCUAAAGUACAACGUCAGAUUAAUGGGUGGUAGAGUUUCCUUCCAUUAUCAAGUCACUGAAGAUACUCUAGAGAGAGUUAAGAAAGCUAUAUUGGAAUCCUUUGAAUAUGCUAAGGAACACCCAUUUGACCAGAAUGGUCCAACUCAAAUCUACCGUAGUGAAUCUACUGAGGUUGAUAUCGAAGGUAAUGCUAUCCACGACAUUAAGGGCUACAAGUACUAG